AUGUUUGCAUUUCUCAGGUCCGACUCCCGGGGAAGCGAGCAAUCGUCCUUGACAGCACACACCGUCACCCUCCCUGACGCGGCGCCCCCAGCGUCCAUCGACAACUCACCCGCCACCCCGCGCAUCGCCUUGGCUUCCAAGAGAUGCCGCGACUGCCCGGACGGCCCGGACGGGCUUCUGGACGCCUUCGCCCCCAUCAAGCGGGCGAGGCUUGAGCCACAAACUUCGUGUCAAGUCCCCCCACCGGCUGCCGACUUCGAUGCAUUCUCCACUCACCUGGACGACGCCCGAGACAUCAUCCGCCAUCAGUUCGGCCUCGAGGUACUGCUCAAGCACAGCGAACUGAGGCUGAUCAAUCAGGAGCUGGCCAAGUGUCAGGUCGCCCUCGAGCAGCUGCGGCGCUGCCACCUGAUCCCAUAUCCCUCGACCUGCCCAACCCCUCAUCAGAUGCUCGACAUCAGCUCCGGCAAAGGCCCUGCACUGGCGAAUCCGUCGGGCGAGCCUAUUCCGCGUUGGGCACCGCCGUUUGGCGUCGUCGAGGGCCCUUACGCUCGUCAUUAUGCCAAGUGGCUCAUUCCGGACCCUUCCUUCGACCGAGCACAGCCCCAAGAAAACUUCUUGCCCUCACACUCUCGCGCGCGUGGCUCCGUCAGCGAAGGCCGAACGACACGAAACAGCUUUGCAGAGCCGUCCCCAGCUUCGAAGGGCCGCAGGAGCACUGCUGGUCAAAAGCUGCAGGCCCUGUCGAGUGGCUACCCGCAAGCAAAGGAUAAGGCUGGCCCGUGUAUCCUCAAGCGAGCUGACGGUAAAACCGUCAAGCUCGUCUGCCUCGAUUGUAAUCGUGAAAACUUCUCAAGCACCCAGGGCUUUAUCAACCACUGCCGGAUAGCCCACAGGCGCGAUUUCAAGAGCCACGAAGAGGCCGCAGUGCAGAGCGGACAUGCCAUUGACGUCGCCGACGCUGGCCCUGCCGUCGCAGAUGAGAAACCGCCGGCUCACUCGGCUAGCUCGGCCAGCUCUGCCCUGGUCCACCCGCUUGCCCGCCACGACAUGACGGAACAGCAAGCAUACGCUGCUCUUAGCUCUCGAAUCAGCGCGUCUCUAAAGCUAUAUCACGCGGGUCGCUUGUCGGCCGGUGGGAUCGAUGACGCACCAGAGACUCCCCAUUUGUCUCGCUUGAUGCAAGCUCGAAACUUCACCGGCAGUCUCCGCGAAUUGGUUGUCGAUGCCAAGACGAAGGUGUCGCUGGAAGCAAUGACGCCAGACGACGAGUCGGACGACGCCGAGUCUCCCACGUGCGCCCUGGGCGUUGCCAGAGGAGCCCCCCAGGCUCGAAUGCCUGUUGUCAUGCGCGUACCGGCAAGGAGCGGCAAGUCUCCGGCGCCGACGGUCAUACCCGGCGGCCGUCCAGCGAGCAGCAAAGGACGUCUUCGAGAUAUGCCCCUGGUUUCUCCAGCUGGUGGCGUCGUGAUGUCCAAGCAUGCGCCCAACGCUGUGUCGUCUGAUGAGGAAAUGGACAUGGACGAGGCCAACCUCAGCCCAAACACCUUGAUCAGCAACAACGCGCCUUCCCUUGUUAGUGACGACGGAGAGUAUGACGACUCGGACGAAGGCUCGUCCGUCUCUGGCGCGAGCGACCACUUAGACGGCACGCCCAUGUCCGACGUGGCCGAAAUCACCCUAGACGAUGACCAUGAGCCACGAGCGCUGCGCCGUGGAUCCAGCGGUGUUCCCGGCCCCGUGAAACUGCGAAGAGAUGACGCCAAGCAUGUCACCCUUGUGAGCCCCGUGAAGAACAAUACCAAGCAAAGAAGACCUCGUCGGGUCUAA